UCCGGGGCUAUGCCGCUGCUGCGCGUGGCGGCGAGUCGGGCUGAACCAUUCACCCCGCCGCUGGGGGGACAGCGGAAGUGAAGGCGCGGCGGGUGCUCCCGGCUUGCGCCGGCAGCGGCGGUUGGAGUCGUUGCUGUAACUCCCUCCUGCGACCUACCCUCUCCCCCUCCUCUCCGCGCUCUCGUUGGUUUCGUCCCGUAGGGGCCAUAGCGACGGCGGGCGCGCUCGGGGAAGAUGGCGGCUCCGGCCUCUGCGCCGCUGCCCGCUCCGUGAGCACGGCGUUCGCUCCUUUCCCCCUUCCCCUCCUGGCUCCUGCACCCCGUCCCUCCCGGCUGCCCUCCGCCUCUUCUCCUUCCCCUCCGGGGGCGUAGGGAUCAUGUCGGACUCGGAGGAGGAGGAGAGUCCGGACCGCCAGCUCAAGCUAGUGGUGCUGGGGGAUGGCACCACUGGCAAGACGUCCUUAGCUACACGUUUUGCUCAAGAAACGUUUGGAAAACAGUACAAACAAACCAUAGGACUGGACUUCUUCUUGAAAAGGAUAGUAUUGCCAGGAAAUCUGAAUGUUACUCUUCAAGUGUGGGAUGUAGGGGGACAAACGAUAGGAGGCAAAAUGCUGGAUAAAUAUAUUUAUGGAGCUCAGGGUAUUCUCUUGGUUUAUGAUAUUACCAAUGGCCAGAGUUUUGACAAUUUAGAAGACUGGUAUAAUGUGGUAAAAAAAGUGAAUGAAGAAUCAGAAACACAGCCAUUUGUGGCCUUGGUUGGAAAUAAAAUUGACCUGGAGCAUAUGCGCACAGUGAAAGUUGACAAGCACCAGCGAUUUUGUCAGGAAAACAAUUUCAGUAGCCAUUUUGUGUCGGCCAAGACAGGAGAUUCUGUCUUCCUGUGUUUUCAGAGAAUUGCUGCUGAUAUACUUGGCAUCAAAUUAAACAAAGCAGAAUUGGAACAAUCACAGCAUGUUGUCAGGGCAGAACUAGUGAAAUAUCCUGAAGAAGAUAAUCAACAGCACAACACUUCCAACUGCCAGAGCAAAGUCUGCUCAAUGCAGUAGUUCAGAGGGUGGUGAAGGCAGAUAUUGUCAACUACAGUCAAGAGCCUGUGACAAGAACCGUUAAUCCUCCUAGAAGCUCAAUGUGUGCAGUUCAGUGACUGUGCUAUUCUUCUCUGGUUUGGUACUUUUGGUGGUCCUCCUACCUUAAGCAGGCUCUGGAAUUACCAGAAAGAAACUUUGUUUUAACAGUGACCAUUGCAACAAUGCAACUAGAGGUUUCAAAAACAUAUUGCACCACCGUACGUUGAGAAGCAGCAGGCAGUUUUUUGACCGGCUGAAAUUCAAACGUGAGACCACACACUUUGAAAAAUUAAGACCUGUAUUCUUUAAAAUUAUAUUUAAAUAAAGCAGUAUAACUGUAUUAUAUAUGCUUCCUCCUAUCUAUUUGACAGAUACUGGAAUAAAAAUGGAUGAAGAAGUCCUGCAUUAAAAAUACUUUUAAAGACAUCAGCAUGGAAGGGUAUUUUACCAAAGCAGUUUUAAAUUUUUUUUCUCUUUCUUUUUAUUUUUUUUCCUCCUGUGAUCUGAACUAGCACUCCGCAAAAUGUAACUUGGAAGAGCCAUUGCUGGAAUAAUUUUAAGCACGUAAUAUAUUUUAUCUAGGGAUGAUUUUUUUAAGUAUUCUGUUAAUAUAUAUACAUAGUGGAAAAUGUGUAAAUUGUAUCCAGUAAGAAAUAGUGCUUGAAAUAAAGCUGUAAUAUAAAAAUAA